GCAAGCUGCGCUGCAGUGACACAGGCUGGAGAAAUUGGGGAGAGGAGGCAGAGCGAAGACGGAGAAGUCGGCCGGCCCAGUAAAGGAGCUAACGCGUUGCCGUUCACAAUGGACGGUCAGGUUUCAAGGAAAACUUAGCUAACGUUAGCUAACUGGUGAUUAGGCAGUGAUCCGCUGCGUGUAAUAUUAAAUUAAUCUAACGUAGCCUACGUUAUAAUUGUUUGGUGCUGACAGUUAUAUUUUGCUUAAAAUUAUAUAGUAUUGCUUACUGUAAGCUAAUGCUAGCGACUUGUUCUCCACAGUAACGUUAGCUCUACCGUUUUAGUUUUGCCUACAGAACAGCAAUCCGGUAGAAUUGGAAAAGACAAACACCUCGGUGCUGCUGGGCCACACACGAAAACCUAGGUUGGCUAACAGUAUCUAUCUAGCUAGCUGGCUGGCUAGUUAGUUGGCUAGUUUGGUUCAAGAAACCACUUGUCAAGCAGAACAUAUGCGUACGUAGGCUAUAUUGCCUAGCUACAUUUUCCUACUUAGGAUCUGUUGUGAGAACGUUUUAAAUUAGUGGUGUGACAGUUAAUAGUUUCUAACGUUGUUACACUGCGAUAUUGUCUCAUCUGUGGAAGCCACAUUUUGCACCUUAUGAGGUUCAUUUGCUUGCAUCAAACUUGAAAUAGGCUACUGAAAUUUAAUAACUGUUGACUGCUCCGAUGGCUACUGAAUGUACGGAAAGUGACGCGGGGCUGAUGGAGACGAGUAUCGUUAUUGAUAUGAACUCAAACAAUAGCAGCUCCGAGCCAGACACACCCAGGAUAUCUGAGGAUCUGGAAAACAGGCCGGCCACACCGGCGACUUCGACUUCGGGGGAAGAAGAACCAGACACCACGGACAAAACGUCCCCUUCGUUGGAGAAGUGUGAUGGUGGGGAGUCUCAGAGUGUAUCUGAUGCAGAAAUGGCAGGCUCGCCGCAGCAAACGGCAACUCCAGACAAUGAACAUGUUUUUGUUCAUUGUCUGGAGACGCAGCUUCCUGUAGAUGUGCGAGUUUCCUCUCCAGUGGAGCUUCCCCAGCCGAACCCCUCCUCUGUACACAAUGGAAGUCUGGAGCGCCAGGAGUCGGUGGCCACUACAGAGGCGCGGCUCAGGAUGGAGGGAGUGGAGCUAAAGGAAGAGUGGCAGGAUGAGGAUUUCCCCAGGCCUCUGCCUGAGGAAGAGGAGGACAUGCAGAUGGACGAAGAGCUCUUCACCGGUGCCCCUGAGGAUGGAGACACCGCCCCGCAGCCCUACAGCUCAAACGGGGAUAAGAAGGUGAAGAAGAAGCUGGUGGCUCCAGACAUCAGCCUGACUCUGGACCGCAGCGAGGGCUCCAUCCUGUCGGACGAGCUGGAGGAGAGCGGAGACCUGGAUCUGGACGGCAUGGACACGCCCUCAGACAACAGCAACGAGUUCGAGUGGGAAGACGACCUUCCCAAGCCCAAGGCCACGGAGCUGCUGCAGAAGGGCGUGGAGUCGGUGCCGGAGUACUCCGCAGCGGACGAGCGGGAGGAGAGCCGGCGCUGGAGGGUGUUCCGGAUCGGAGAGCAGGACCACAGGGUGGACAUGAAGGCCAUCGAGCCCUACAAGAGGGUCAUCAGUCAUGGAGGUUACUAUGGAGACGGCUUGAAUGCCAUCAUUGUGUUCGCUGUGUGCUUCAUGCCGGAAAGCAGUCAACCAAACUACAGAUACAUCAUGGACAAUCUCUUCAAGUACGUGAUUGGGACUCUGGAGCUGCUGGUGGCGGAGAACUACAUGAUCGUGUAUCUAAACGGAGCCACGUCACGCAGGAAGAUGCCCAGCGUCGGCUGGCUACGGAAAUGUUACCAGCAGAUCGACCGGAGGUUACGCAAGAAUUUAAAGUCUUUGAUCAUCGUCCACCCCUCCUGGUUCAUCCGCACACUCCUCGCCAUCACAAAGCCCUUCAUAAGCUCGAAAUUUAGCCAAAAAAUCAAGUAUGUAUUCAGCCUGGUAGACCUGGCUGAAAUGGUUCCCAUGGAAUACGUGUCAAUACCAGAGUGCAUCAAAGAGUUUGAUGAAGAAAAAAAUAGGAAAAGGCGUAAAAGGAUCGACCAGGACAUGCACGGGAAGGCCGAGCCCGCCACCGCAGCCACGCCGCAGUGAGGGGCCUCCGCCUCCAGGGGGCCCCGCUCGGGAGAGAGACGUGACCGAAGAAUGUGCCGAACCCACAGCGGCCCGUGGUUUUACUGAGCCUCGUGUGUACUCAGCCUGCCAGCCUUUUAACUUCAGCACUGGAAGAGUCAAGUGCCUUUCACAUUCAAGUCAUGCCCGCCCGUUACAUUGAAAACCCUGUCACUGCUGUGUUAGUUUGCCAAACACUUGAUCUGUGGUCUUUAUCACAACAUGCCGUUACAUUUUAUUUUAUUUUAUAACCUUUUUAAUGUAUGAAGCCAAACCUAGAUUUUUUUUUUUUGUCAGUUACCAUUGUAUCUUGCAGAUAUUUAAGGCACUCUGUUACAAACGGUUGACGCAUUUUACUCGUUACAUUUAAAUGUGUAUAUAUUCAAAAAAAGCGAUAAAGGUCAGAGAGUAAUAUAUUUUUUAUGGUUGUGAUUUGAAGUCAUUUUUUAGGUCAGCAGACCCUCUGAUCAUGUUGCAUUUGUGUAGAGCGUGGGUAAAGUCACACCUGUUCCCCUGCGGAUGUCCUUCAUGACCCACACGUGAAAAGCUGCACAGUGCGUUUCCCCUACCUGCUUAUCGGCACAAAAUGGAGACGAAACAGAAGGGAAACUAAGGAGAAAGUUCUGGAAAAUAAAUUUCUUGAAUAAAUGUUUCAGUUUUUAAGGACAGUUGAUCUCUGUAUUAUGUUACCUCUUUUAAAAAAAAAAGAAAAAAUGUUGGAGGUCUUGUGCAUCAAUUUACUGCAAGUAAACUUUUGAUUGAAAACGUCA